CACUCUGCUGCCUUAUCGAGCAGGCCAAAUAAGCAUCUGACGAUUUGACGAUGGCGAGCCCCUCUGCUCAGACAGAAAGCUUGAUGACCGAGCCGCCCUCACGGAGCGUCCAUGAGGGCACGGUGGAAAGCAGCGCUCAGCCAUCACCUGCCGCCACCCAUGUAGGCCGCGCAGAGGGAAGCCGUUCAUUGUCUGUCACCUAUUCAUCUGCUUCCUCACACUUUCGAGUAUGUAUUUGUGUGUGCUGUUUGUAGGCCGUGAAGUCAGCAAAUGGCGGUGCUCGCACGAGCGAGGUGUUGGUGCUGUCUGAGGGCCUGGAGGACACGUACAAACUCACCAUCAAUCAAGACAGCACCGGAAAGGUAGGCAAAUCACAUAUGAACAAUGACCUCCGCUUCUGCAUGUACAUUCAGGUGACUGAGAAGCGCGAGCCCGCCCCGAGGCCAACGGCGAGCCCCUCAUCGCUCUCGCCCCUCGGACACAGCACUGACUAUGACCACAACGCAUGCACAUUCGGUCAGAGCACAACAAACAGAUUACAAAUGUGACCUCUCACCGGCAUGUCGCCCCAUUUCCCUUACAUGUGUGCAGGUGAGCCACGGGGGCACGUGCCGCACACCAGCCCUGACAAUGACGCGCGCAUCCCCAUUGGCUACUCGUCCAGUCCGCCCUCUCGUUUGGCCAGCCCCUACCCCACGGCACUCUUCGUCGCCCAGCCCUUUCCUCUCGCAUUCAGCUCACUCCCACAGAGCACCAAGGGGGCAUCGCUGCGGCCACCAAAGGGCAAAAAAGGAAAGGGAAAGAAGCCUCCUCCGAUGCCGCUGAGCCCCUACCGUGUCCCGCCGGUGUGUGAGGACGCCCUCGACAGCCAGGGCAAACGGUUGCAGCCCGACCUCCGGUGGACCGUCCCUGUGCUGCCGCAUCCCUAUGGCGGCGACCAGUCGGCCGUCUACCCCUACCCCGCCCUGGUUCCUGUGGCUGAAGGGGGGCCGGGCGGCCAGCUCAAGUGGCACAGCGCCGCCCCUACAUUGGGGCACUUGGGCAACCAGGGCCUGCCGCUGCCGUCGGUCUUUCAGGCGACUGCAGCAUCAUCGAUGGUGAAUGGUGGGCUGGGCCCGAGGGUUGAGGGCGUGUCGAGCAAGACCACAUCGCAAGCAGCGAGGCGGGCUGCGGGGAGGGGGAGAGGUGGUGGACGCUCAGUGUCGUCGAAGAGCAAGGCGAAGGGGAGGGAUCGGGGGAGGGGUCUGGACGGGGCCGACAAGAGGAAGGCUGCAACUGCUCUGCCGCCAAUCAACGGGUAGGUAAGUCGAGCUCGCUGAGCUCUCUUCCAUUUGUCUCCUGUCCGCAUUUAUGUCUCCUUCUUUAUAUGCCAGAGACAUCAUUCCAGCUGGGGUGCGAGUGUAUGAAGAUUGGCGCACGGGCGCCAUACACGUGCAUCACCACUACUAUGUCAAGAAACCCAAGCCCGGCACCACGUCAUCUACCGUCACCAAGGCACAGCAGCCACCCGAACAGCCGCCCGCCACGAUCGACCAGCCGACAUCCACAAACGAGCCGACAACCGUGUCUCAGCCGGAGCAGCGAGCUGGAUGCACUGCCCCCAUGAAGGAGACAGAUAAGAGGCGGUCUCAGCCCAUGCAUGCGAGGCCGAAGGAGCUCUCACGAGUCCAUCCACCACCUCGGUCGCACAGCACUCAAGCUCCAUCGGCCAAGAAAAGCCUUCCUGCGACGUCAGUGGAUCCAACGCCGCCCGAAGCUUCGGCUCGCUUUGACGACAGCGGGACGCAGACCGACCUGCUGGGCAUGACUCUGGAUCAGAUCUUCUCCUUUGGUGCCGAGAUUGCUCGCGGGUCACCACCGAGGUCGAUGUCGCCCGAUGCACUGCCGUCUCUCUUUCCUCCCCUGAGCCCCUCCCCCUCAGCCCCGAGCGUCGGCGGUCGGCCGUGCACGUCGUCAGAGGCGCAGGCAUUCCUGCCCAAGAUUGGUCGUGGGCAGGAGACAGAGGCCGCUGCUACUGCUGCGGCACCUCCUGGUGAAGGCGACAAGGGUGCGGCGAAAACCGACGGCCAUGCGGCCGUGCCGCCUGCUGAGGCUGCUGCAGCGGAUGAGGCAAAAUCGGUGCAGUUUCAGAAGAAGGUAGGUGGUGAUGUGGAAGGCGAGGAGGCCACCCUCACCGAGUCUAUCUCCAGCAAGUCCAAGAAGCUGCAGCGCAAGGGCACAGGGAUGCCGUCGAUGGCCCUCCGGUCGGCGCUGCAUGAGAUCGAGGACGAAGAUGAAGACGAGGAUGACGAGGCCAUGGAGGGAGGGCCACAAGAGCACGAGUCGGAUGACGCGGAGGAAGAGGAAGAAGAGACGCCUCCAAGGAAGAAGGGCCUGCAGCGGAAAGGCACGGGAAUGCCCGCUAAGACGCUCAGGGACGCGCUGAUGGAUGUUGAAGACGACGAGUGUGGUGCUGCACAGGAGGAGAGGCCGGUCAAUGUCGUCACUAAGGCCACCAUACUGCCCAAGCCCACCAAGACUGUGCCAGCUGGGGAGAAGAAGAUGCAGCUUGUGGGCAAGGGCAGAAGACGCUCAAUGGUGAAGGUCGACGACGGGCACGGUGAGGAGACAUCCCCGUCAGCUUCUGUGCGCAAGCCCGCCCCCAAAGAGCGACCUGGUGCGGUGUCGGCUGGCGACCGUCCGGACGACCGUCGUGUCAAUUGGGAUCGAGAGGCAGAGGAGAAUCAGGGCGACUUGCAAUCAUCACGGGGCAAACGCAUCAUGGCCAGAAGGCCUACUGGUACGCAACCAUUUGCCGACGAGCGAGCACAGCCGUCCACAAUCAGCAGGUGUUGUGUGUGUGCAGGCUUGCCGUCGACGCAGUUACGUCAGGCACUGCAGGACCUCGAGGACGAAGAUGAAGGGGAAUAUGAGGGGGGGCCGGCGCCAGAUGAGCAACCUGAGGACUCGUCGCCACAGCAUGAGGCCAGAGAUGAGGAGGGAGGUGGGAGUCCAGGUGACCCAAAUGUAAGCACAAAACAGACUCCUAGCCUUGUCGGUACGUGGCAAUCGGCGGCACCUCUGUCUGUCUGUCUGUGUUGCUCAGCGCAAGGUGAAGUUUAAGGGGCCGACUGGUGACGCGCAGGAGAGCAGCGGAAGAGGACCGACGCUGCAGCGCAAACCCACCGGGAUGCCCGCCACUGCCCUCCGCCAGGCGCUCCUCGACAUGGACGAUGACGAAGACGACCAAGAGCAACACGCGUCAUCGCCGGACCCCGCGACGGACCCCGCCGACCCCGACCUCAAACGCUCAACCGAGUCGGCAGCGCUCGCGCCUCGCGUGGAGACAGGAUGGGACGAACAGGUGGCCGAGGAAGAGGGUGGCACACCGUCUAAAGGCCCACAGGCAGCUGAGCAGGAGGAAGCGGGGUGGAGCAGGUGGACGAGGGAGGAGCCAGAGGGGACAGAGGGGGAGCUGCCACCGUCCCUGCCGGCACAUGAGACGUCGCAGGAGGCAGCAGAGCCAUCGCCACCACCCAGGGAUGAAGAUGCUGCGGGCAAGAGGAAGAAGUCGUCCAUUCUGUUUGCCGACCGGCCCGAACCCAAGGCUGAGCUACUCUCCAGCAAGCAGGACGGCGACUUACAUGCACUCAAGGUAUGCACUGACAGACGAUAUGCACAUCGUUGGUCUAUCCAUGCACGCACUUGGUGUAUGCACGCCAGGCUCUGAACCAGUCUUUGCGAGAGAGCAUGAAGCUCAACCCAAGUAGGUCACCCUUUCUGUCUGCCUGACGCAGGCCAACCAGCCUGGAUGUGUGACCGAUGCUCAAUUGCUUCCUGUCUGUGUGGCAGCACUGGCAGCAUCUGACAAGUUCCAGGACCUCAAGCGCAUCUCACGUGAUAUGGCCAAGGAGCUGCCCGUCAGCGAUGCAGGCUUCUCCAGCGACGAGCAAGUAAGAUGCGAUACCUGCAUACAAGAAUGACGUUGAUACAUGAGCUCGCCCGUCUGUUGUGUUGCUCUUGUGGUGCGUGCGAUGUGCAGCCCGAAGGUGAAGAGAGCACCCCCUAUCAGCCGACGCCCUCCCGCCCACCCCCAGCCCCCCGCAACAUCCUACACCUCUAUGGUGAAGACACACCAAAGGAAGACGAGACAGGGCCGACAAGUCAGGAUACCACCGCGCCCAAGCCACAAGGGGAAACAGUUCAACAGCCGCAGGUUGCUGACGACAGCGUGUCCGAAAGGCAAGAGGGGACAACGGCUGCAGCAGAAGAGGCGGCACAGGAUAGCUCAGCGGCAGAUGACCAGCGGCACAAUGGCGUGCCAAAGGGAGACGAGCGGGCAGCUGCUGCAGAGCAACAAGGCGGCGAUACGUCGGGGGCUGCAGAGGAUGCAAGGGCGCCUGAGAGGGAGGAAGACAAGGAGGAGGAGGAGAAUGGGCUGAUGAGCCUGUAAGACGACCGCACAAAGACAGACAGACAGACAGACAGAAGACAGACAGCAAUGUCUCCGUGGUCCAUCACAUACACGUCUCUCAUGUCCAUCCAGAGAGGCGCCUGUUCCUGAUGAAUCGCAAGCGAACGGAACCAAGGAGGGAGACAAGGAGAGGGGGGACCUGGACGACAUUGAAGAGUUCGACUGGUGGGCUGGCGAGACAUGCAUGUAGUGGGCCGACAGUCAUCGACAUCGACGUUUUCUGUUUCAGGAAGGCAGAGGUGGAAAAGGGCCUCCCAACCACCCAAUGGCUGGUCCGCAUGCAAGCCAGCGAUCACUGAUCGUAUCGUCUGAUUGGUAUCCCUUGCCUAUCUCCUUCUUUGUUUCUUGCCGACAGACGGCGAGGGCAUAUGCGGAGUUUCUUGGCUUGGUAUGGCCGUCAAUCAGCCGUGCCCGCACACCUUUCGGAUCCCUCAUGCUGAUGGUUGCUGUGCAGGACACUCGUGGUGCCGACCUUCAGCUGUAUCGUCUGUUUCGGCCCAUAUUCGCCUCUGACCUGCCGGCGCCGUGGAACGCCAGGCGAGACAGCCAGCAACUGGUGAGUGGCUGAUGCAAGCAAGAGAGAGCUUGACACGCGGCGUUGAUGCCCUCGUGUGCGUGUGGGUGGGUCAGGUGUUCUUCUAUCAUCCCGGGCUGGUCACGACACAGUGGCGCCACCCGCUCGAAGGUCAGCUACUUGUCCCCGAAAACUUCUGUCUGGGCGACGGUGGACGUACAAUGCCUCUGUGUGCAUCUGCUCGAAGAGUUCUACAUGGAGCUCGUCAGCCUCUACAAGGCCCACAGGAGGACCUCUGCAUCGGAGGGCGCAGAGCCCGCCGCCCCUCAGACAGCAGAGGGCGGCGGCACUGACACCGACAAUAAACCGAGAGAGGCGCUCAAAUUCGAUGAACUGCGGCUGCGGGCUGCGAUAGAGAACAUCAUAACGGACCUGACGGAUGCCGGCCAGCUGGUCAAGCAAUACGGCCAGUGGAAGGGGCCCUACGUAGAGAAGAAGGCGCCUCUUACCGACAAGAGGGGGACCUUCGUGCCGUCAGAGGGAGAGGGAGAGGGUGAGGCGCCGUCAAGCCCCACAGACAGACCUGCACAGCCAAGGAAGAGGAGAAAGUACUUUGCUGCGUACAAACAGGUGGCUGAGGGGAGAAAGCUGAUGAGCACAGCACGGAUGGUGGAGAUGUGUGUGUGUCUGAUCGGUGAUGUUAUGCAGUCUGAGGGCUCGAAAACUUUCCCGAAAGCUCGAUGGGACGACCCCGUGGAAACAACGGCGAAAGAGCUCACACUCAAAUUGACGUACCGUACACACGGCACCCGAACAAAACGACACACACUCUGAUGCAACAUGUGUCUCCCUGUUGGACUCUUUCCAACUGCAGAAUGUUGCUGCAUCUGUGGAGAGCCGCCUUGCCGGGCUACGCCUUCCCCAUCGACCCCCCUCAUAUAUACCGCACCGCACACCAGGCGGCACAGAGCGCCCUCAUUCACCAAAGCAGCAAGCGGCCCACAUCCGUGGCCGCCGCUCCACACGACACUGAGAGCGUGAGGAGGGCCUCGCACGAGAGGCGAGAACGGUGUCAUUGAUACAUGCCUUGUCUUCUGCUAUCGUUGACACUGUUGAGGUUUGUUGUCGAUACUCAGUCCGGCCUGCUGGCCCACUAUGGCGCCCACGGUUUGUGUGUUUCCGCGUGUGUGUCUCUCUGUGUCUCCAUUUGUGUGCGUGGAGGGCCGAUGCUGUCAUUGCUACCGUCUUUCCAUGCCAUGCCUGGAUGCGCAAGAUGCUUGUGUUUUGUGUGUCCGUUUUAUUUCCUUCAUUCCUGACGCCGAGUGCGCGUGUGACACUGUGCGGCAAGACGGGAGAGAAGAUCUUGGCGUGUG